CAUAUAGGUCGGUCGAUAUGAAGAAACACUACUUUUACUUGUUCCCUCUUGCAGUACCUGUUUUGCUGCACCAUCUAAUGAUGACCGGCUGCACAGCCAUGAAAAGAUUAAGUUUAGGCACUGAUCAAUCUGCUCUUUUAGCCCUGAAAGCCCAUAUCACUUCAGGACAGCAAGAAUUCUUGCCAAAAAACUGGUCUUCUGCAGCUGCUGCAUCCUCUGUCUGUGACUGGAUAGGAGUCCAGUGCGGUUCUCGACACCAAAGAGUGACUGCUUUAAAUAUUUCAAACAUGGGACUCACCGGCACAAUACCUCCGGAUUUGGGAAACCUCUCCUUUCUUGUUUCUCUUGAUCUGAGAAAUAACUCCUUCCACGGAAAUCUGCCCGAAGAGUUGUCACACCUGCGCCGCCUGAGGUUCGUCAGGUUAACCACUAACAACUUCACUGGAGAGAUUCCAAUGUGGUUUGGUCACUUCCCAGAACUCCAGUUCUUGUUUCUGGACGGCAAUGGUUUUAGUGGUUUUAUUCCUUCUUCUAUAUCCAACUUGUCAAGAGUGGAAAAGUUAGAUCUAAGCUACAAUUUCCUGGAAGGAAAUAUUCCAGAAAAGAUAGGAAAUCUUUCAGCCCUCAAAUUGCUGAAUUUUUUUUCGAAUUAUUUAGCUGGUCAAAUACCAUUGAGCUUAUGCAAGAUUUCUCAACUUCAAUCGCUAGACUUGUCAUCCAACAGGUUUAGCGGGCACAUACCUAAAGAAAUUGGAAAUCUGGAGAAGCUUACCUAUUUAUCCCUCAUGACUAACAACUUCACAGGUGCAAUUCCCCGAGAGAUUGGCAAACUGCAUGGUUUGAAGGUUCUCGUGUUGGGGCGUAACAACUUGACAGGUACGAUUCCACGAGAGAUAGGCAAUCUCCAAAACCUGCAGGGGCUCAAUCUGGAAUUGAAUCAAAUCACGGGAAGCAUUCCAAGAGAAAUUGGGAAUUUGACGAUGCUUACUGAACUCUACUUCGCCAACAACUCCUUGACAGGUACAAUACCACCAGAGAUGGGUAACCUUUACCAACUCGAGCAUCUUGAGUUAACUUAUAAUGGCUUGAAUGGCUCCAUACCCCCUGGGAUCUUCAACCUCUCAGCAUUGCAAAGUAUUGCACUUUCAUUUAAUCUUCUAUCAGGAAAUCUUCCGCGGGAUCUAGGAUACAGACUGCCCAAGUUAUCAGACAUAGAGCUUGCUAGGAAUAACCUUGGUGGAGUUAUACCAGUGUCCAUUUCAAAUUGUUCAGAAUUGUUGUUGCUUUCAAUGGGAAGUAACCAAUUCACUGGGUCCAUUCCUGACACCCUCGGGGACCUUAGACUUCUGCAAUAUCUAGGUCUGCAAAGCAACAAUUUAACAAGUGAUCCUACAUCUGUGGAGCUGAGCUUCAUCACUUCAUUGACAAAAUGCAAAAACUUGAAAUUUUCAAGCCUGCACGAUAAUCCAUUAAAUGGGCUUCUUCCAGCUUCCAUUGGGAAUCUCUCUGCUACUCUACAAAAAUUGUAUAUAUAUUCUAGUGGAAUCAAGGGCACCAUACCAAGUCAAACUGGCAACUUGACCAAUUUGAUAGUGCUUGAUCUACAAUCGAAUCACUUGAUCGGAGGUAUUCCGACAGCAUUCAAAAAUCUACAGAACCUCCAAGGUUUGACCGUGGGAGAUAAUAAUCUUAACGACACCUUAGAUAAGCUUUGCAAUUUGCAUAGCUUGACUUCAGUGGAUCUGACCACAAACCAGUUUUCUGGGUCUAUACCAGAAUGCUUUGGUAAUAUGACUUCUCUUCGGGAUCUUGAACUAGGAAACAACUUUUUAGUCUCUGCCAUACCUAAUAGUUUUUGGAACCUCAAAGAUCUCUUGCACUGGAAAUUUGAAGGCUAUAACAUCUAUAGACAUAUCAGCGAAUCAAUUCUCUGGUGA